AUGACACGGAAAUGGAGCAAGGAGCUGCCUGAUGGAGGCCAGGGUGGCCGUGGAGACGGGGGCUGGGGUGGAAUGUGGAUGCCGCUGCCCACGGGCUCGAGUCCUUGGGCAGAAGACACAGUCCUCUUUCUCCUUCCACCUCCUCACCAGCACAUUAGGCUUGUGGGAGGUGGGGUGGAAAGAAAGCCACGGGAAGUCAGAAGGCUGAGGUUCCAGAACCAGCUUGGCCACUAA